GAAUAAGUUCCUUUGUUUAAACCAAGUUGAUAUUUGUCUCUUUUUUUUGAGUUUGAUCUUUUGAUCAAAAAUGUGCGUGGCGUAUUGUUGUUUGAAUUUACUCCGAAAACGAAAUUUAGAUUUUAUAGAGAAUCGUUAUACCGAUAAAAAACGACAAUAAUUGCAAUAGCUGAACAAAAGAUGGCUAUGCACGGAGGGGCCUUGCAUAAUGAAAUAUUUGAGGGAAGCUUAGGUGACGUAAAAAAAGCAGACUUCACUCCAGGUUAUGAUAAUAACAAAAACAGUAUUGACAUGGAACGUUUACCUAAUAAAGAGUUUUACGACAAAAUAAACGCAAAGCGAGAAAUUCCAAAUGGGAUUAAUCUGGCUCCUCUAAAAGACCCGCGUUCAGAUAUUGAUGCCGUUAAUAUUCCACAACAACGGCAAGACAAUAUAAAUUUGAAUAUUACUUUGCCACAUACAAAAACUCCUGAAAAUCAAAGGAUUGAUACCCAACUUCAAAAUCCUGUUCCAGGGCAAACCCGCGAAAUAAACCCUCCGACAAGUAUUUAUGGAAUUGAAAACUUGACGGGAAAACCAUACGACCAAGAUAUGAAACUCUUACCAGAUAUGACGUCACCGAGAUACUUAGGAUUGCAACCAGAUAGUAGACCAAUGGCAGAUAUGCAAUCACCAAGAUAUCCUGGUGUUCAUAUGAAUUCUCCACACCAUUCUUCUCCUGAUAGAGAAACCAGCCGACAAAAUCAUCGUUCUGAAAAUAAUGCACCGUGGACUUCCCCGGUUAAGCCACACAAUUAUCGAGCAGUUGCUCCUCCAACUAGUCCUUACAUUGACAAUCGCGAUCCAAAUUAUUCAUGUUCACCAAGAAGAUACGUACCGCCAUUCUACAAUAACGGUCGGAAUUUUGGGCAUCCAAAUGAUCGAAAUAGGUACGCCGCAUAUCCGUUAGGAAGUCCUUUAAUGACAACUAUGGGAUAUCCACGUGAACCGGUAGAUUCUCGUUAUAAUCUUCACAUGGGAGUUGUAGGGUUUGAUGAUGAUAAGUUUAAACUUUCACCUCCUAGCAUGGAUGAUAAGCAUAUAUGGACAAAACAAGAAGUUGAACUUUUGUUAGAUUUGUACGAGGAACACAAAAUUAAACUGCAAGAUCCUCGUGUCAGAAAAACUAAAGUCUGGGAAGAUAUAGCUAAAGAAAUUCACGACAAAUUGGAUUCAGACGUUAACGGAUGUCAAUGCAAUCAAAAGUUUAGAAAUAUGAAAGCAGAUUUUCAAAAAGUUGUAGAACACAACUCAAGAUCUGGCUCAUUUCGAAAAACGUGCAAGUACUACGAAAGAUUAGAAAAAUUGUUAACUCCUAUGAGUGAAACAGAGAAACUUAAAGAGGAAGCAGAAAGUGAAACCACAUAUUAUAACAGUUUUAAUAAACUGGCUCAAAAUGCUACUCAAAAUGCUAACGGAUUUUAUGAUACAACUUCUCGAAGCACGUCAUCUUCUGAAUCAAGCGAGCAUCAUUCGUAUGAAACAGAAACAAGAAGCACGCCGAGUUCGCCUGAAAAACGAACAUUAAAUCAAAUGGAAAUUGGCAGUAACGAGGCAUCCCCACCACCACCUCCAAAGCGAACUUGUAUUGAAUGCGGAGGUAUGGACAAACGCGAACUUAUUGACGUAUUAAAGGAGUUUUUAAAGGAGCAAAGAAUUCGUGAAGAACAAACAAUAAGCAAAAUAAAUGCAUUACAUAAAGAAAAAAUAGACACUGUGGUUAGAUUUCUUGACCUUUUUCAGGAGUUAGUUAAAAAAGUCUAACUGAAUUUAUUUCUGACUUGGAUGGAUCUUUGCUUGCUAAUUAACAUAUUCUCAUUUCUUUUAUUAAUUUUUUUUUUCUUAAUUGAAUUAAUUAUUUAUAGUAAUAUUUAUAGCUAAUGAUUUUUUUUUAAUUUAAUUUUGUAGUGGAAUUAUUUUGUACGUAAUUUAUUUGUAAUAUAGAUCAAAUGUAAAAUUAUUGGGUAGAAUACAUUAAGUAUACCAACUAA